CGCAAGGGAAAAAUAUCGCAGCGCUUUCACAUUUGGGCUCGCGGUUUUUCCAUUGUUUUGUUUUCUUUACUCGUACCAAAGAUCCAGCAAGUCUUACCCGACCCAAACUAUUUAAGAGAAAAAGAAAAGAAAAAGAGAGAUUGCCCGUCAUCGCCUCACGCUCUUAGACAUCGCUUGUACAUUUCACGCAACCCUAACUACCGACAUACCACUCCGAUGGCAACCACCACCGAGAAACCCGUCGCUACCGCAACCACCACCACCACCACCGCUCCCGCACCCGUCGCUGCUGCUAAUUCGUCGGCAGAACCAAACCCUAAGAAGACCGUGGAUUCCGCGCCACCUUCCACGGGUAAGUCAGAUCCUCCAAGCGCUGUCGCUCCCGCCGCUGCUGAGGUAUCUUUGAAAGAGAGUGAGGGCUCGAAGAUCACCGGGACGACUGUGAGCUCCGUCGCAGGUGAUAGCGGCGGUUCCGUUAACGAUAUCCAGAAGAAGAUUCGCCGAGCUGAGCGUUUCGGCGUUCCUGUCCAGUUGUCUGAGCAAGAGAAGCGUAAUUCUAGGGCCGAGAGGUUUGGCACUGCACCCAGCUCGAAUGGAUCUGAAGCAGCUAAGCAAUCAGAGGAGCUGAAGAGGAAGGCUAGAGCAGAGAGGUUUGGGCUUGCGGUACCCUCUGCGGCUACUACUGAUGAGGAGGCAAAGAAGAAAGCUCGUCUUGCUAGAUUUGCACCAUAUUCCAAAACUGAUUCAGUGGAAGAAGAAAAAAGAAAAGCAAGGGCAAUCAGGUUUUCGAAUCCUCCGUCAGGUUCUUUACCCCAGGUGAAUGGCAAGGGAAAUCUGGAUCCAGAGGCUCCUAUUGCUGGAAAGGCUGGUGGAGGACCCUAAAUAGAAAUUGCCUACAUAGUUAGAAGGUCUAGUGUCGUAACAGCUUGUGAUUCCCUCAGCAGCUUCUUUACAAUGUUUUCUUUUCAACCUCAGAAUUCUUAGAUGCAGUAUUCCUUCAUCCUCAGAUAAAUUUCUAAUGCAGUGAAGAUGGUUUUUUGGGAAGUUUGGAAGGUGCUUUUUGUUAUUUCUGGUACAGCUGUGGUGUCUGUUCACUUGGUGAGGCCUAGAGGAAUCAACAACCACCUGUAGUGUUAACCUAUCUCAAAUCAUACAAAGAGAGUUAGAAAUUCUGGAGUAAUGGCUAGAAAUUUUCAACUUUUCCCUUUUGAUAAUAUAAUUGAGAAAGAAUGGAGCGGUUAUUAGUUUCCUAUGAAAAAGGUUAAUUGAUUUGUUUUUUUGCCUUGGUAA